AUGGAGCACAUGGAGAACGUGGAGGACGUGGAGGAUGCGGAGAACAUGGAGGACGUGGAGCGCAUGGAGGACGUGGAGGACAUGGAGGAUGUGGAGGACACGGAGGAUGUGGAGGACAUGGAGGACGUGGAGCGCAUGGAGCACGUGGAGCGCAUGGAGCACGUGGAGCGCAUGGAGCACGUGGAGCGCAUGGAGGACGUGGAGCGCAUGGAGGACGCGGAGGACAUGGGGGACACGGAGGACACGGAGGACAUGGAGAACAUGGAACGUGCGGAGGACGCGGAGAGCAUGGAGCGUAUGGAGGACGCGGAGGAGACGGAGUGCAUGGAACGCAUGGAGGACGUGGAGAGCGCGGAGGACGUGGAGAGCGCGGAGGGCACGGAGGACGCGGAAGACAUGGAGGACGCAGAGAGCACAGAGCGCACGGAGGACACGGAGUGCAUGGAGCGCAUGGAGGACAUGGAGCACACAGAGGACGCGGAGCACACGGAGGACGCGGAGCACACGGAGGACGCGGAGUGCAUGGAGGACGCGGAGGACGUGGAGCACAUGGAGUGCACGGAGGACAUGAAGCGCACGGAGGACGUGGAGGAUGCGGAGGGCACGGAGGACAUGGAGUGCAUGGAACACGUAGAGGACGUGGAGGACAUGGAGGCCACGGAGAACAUGGAGCACAUGGAGGACGCAGAGGGCACAGGACAGUGCAUGGAGUGCAUGGAACGUACGGAGGACAUGGAGCACAUGGAGGAUGCGGAGCGCAUGGAGGACACGGGGGACGUGGAGGACAUGAAGCACACGGAGGAUGCGGAGGGCACAGAGAACAUGGGGGACGUGGAGUGCAUGGAGGACACAGAGGACGUGGAGUGCAUGGAACGUGCGGAGAAUGUGGAACGCACGGAGGACGUGGAGCGCAUGGACUGCAUGGAACGUGCAGAGGACAUGGAGCGCAUGGAAGAAGUGGAGAGUGCGGAGCGUGCGGAGGACACAGAGUGCAGGGAGUGCAUGGAACGCGCAGAGAACGUGCAGUGCACACAGGAUGUGGAGAGCAUGGAGGACACGGAGGACGCAGAGAGUAUAGAGCACGUGGAGCAUGUGGAGCGCACAGAGGACACGGAGGAAGCGGAGGACACAGAGCGCACGGAGGACGUGGAGAGCGCAGAGGACAUGGAGGACGCACAGCGCAUGAAGUGCACGGAACGCGCGGAGGACGUGGAGUGCAUGGAGGACACGGAGAGCAUGGAGAGCACGGAGAACACAGAAUGCACGGGGUGCACAGAACACGCGGAGGACGCAGAGAGCGUGGAGGACACAUAG